UAUCUUCUGCGGCGUUCUGAGAAUCUAUCGAUCAAGUCACGUGAUCGGAUGCUCACCACGCGCAUAUGAAAAACAUCCAACUUGGUAUCCCAACAACUAACUAACUGCGUCUCGAACCCAGUCCAUCCUGAUUCGGGAUCGGAUAUCUAGAUUCUCUUCCCCAAUUUCAACUGCCAUGAGCGCUACGAUGAGCGCUGAAGAAUUCCUGGCCAACGUUGAAGGCGGCAUCGUGCCAGUGGCCUGCCAUGAGGAUGUCUUGCGCAUCGCAUUCAUCUAUCUGGACGAGGGGCUGUGGACGGGCAACGGGGUGUUUGAUGUUGUCGAGAAGCUGCACGCGCAUGGCUGGUCCUUUGGUGAGGGCGAGUUGCGCUUUAACCGUACCCUGGAUAUAUUCUACCUCGCACAGCUGGCAGCAGCCAUCUACCGCUAUUCCUCUCAACUAGAAGAUGACUUCCCCUCCUUCUCUGAUUUCCCUGCCUUCUAUACAGCUCACUACGACCUCCUGCACUCCUCCGCCUGGCGCUCCUACUACUCUAUCCCCUACCUCAGCCAGCGCACCACCGCAUGCUUCUACCGCCCGCCCGACCUCCAGGACCUCCCGGACUCCUCCUCGCCGCUAUGCCAGCCGCGCCGUCGUCCGGUAUCUGGACACGUCCUGAAACUCCCCCGCUGGGCCUACACGGUGGGGUGCACGCGUUACAGGCAGCCCUUUCUGCCAGGGGAGACUCUGACUGCAGUCGCCCUCCGCACGCUGGAGGCAACCAUGACACGUCUGCACACGGCCUGCCCCAGCGCACCACCACCUGCUUCGGAAUCCCAUGCGCGCUUCUGGCUGGACUAUUUUACUCCUCCUGAUCCAUCUCCAUCUCGUCUGGCGAAGGUACCGUCCCGGGAAGCAUGGGGGCUCAAUAGCUUUGGGAUAUUGGUCGCGCAGGGAAAGUAUGAUAUACACGGGUUGGAAGCAGAGUACCUCGCACAGGUAUCGGAGAAGGAGGAGGUGGAGGAAGAUGGCGAGUCGGAGCCGGUGGUGUGGUGUGGGUUGCCGGAUGGAGGGAUUGGAGAGCAGGCUUGGUGGAGGGGGUGGGAGGAAGAGCUUGGGAGUGAGGAGGAGGUGGAGUUCCUCGCCGCUGUUGCGGUGGAGGAGACAGUUGAACUAGGACUAGGACCCGAAGGAAUCGAGCUGGAUGAGUUGGACUUGUCAAUCCGGUCACAUAUCCUACUGGCCGUCAUGCAGGCUGCGGUGAAGAACGGGCAGGAGAGGGAGUCUUUCCUGGAGGAGCUGGAGAGGCGGAUGGUGCAGAAGGGGAGAAUUGGCCCGGAGAGGGCAGGCACCUGGGUCAAAGAGGCCUUGGGGAUCAUGAAGCCGUAUGUACGUGGAUGGCAGGGCGUGUGGCCUGGUGCAGAGGAGAGGGGGGAGAUGCUACGACAGAUCUUGGUGGAAAAUGGGCAGCUCUUUGCACGCUGGAGGGUGUCACCUCAUUUGAAGCAGUUCACUUUCGAGCUGGGGCCGAGGGAGUAAGGGAUUAGACUGCCAUUACGACCAUUCUACAACCAUUACAGAUCGGGUCGGAAUCGAUGCUUAUUAUCAUUACUACUGCUGCUACUGCAACUGCAACUGCAACUGCAGGCUGUAUGAUGAUUCACUCGAGAUAGUAUUAGCAUGUGCACCUUUGUAUUCCUGGACUGCCGCUGUCCGCUUAUUAACUUAACUACAAUCCGGUCCUUGCGAUGUGGCCAAAGAACCGGGGUAACUAAUGCAGGCUUGAUUCCCCGCACAAAGCUUUGGAGCUACUACUGUAGUUAAAGUCAUUUUGGCUUAUCACGACAGGGAUUCCUUUGCAACCCAACAGCCAUUAGUAACUACUAGCUAUAUUACAUGUUCUUCCAAAAUUUAUUAUUAUCGUUUACAAUAUUA